CACCGCCCUCUCUCUCCUCUUCAAAGGCUCGAAUCGGAGCCCCUCUCCAACCAUCCAAAAAAACCCUAACCCUAGCAGAGAAGAAACUCUCAGCAAAAUGAGAGAAAUCCUGCACGUUCAAGGAGGCCAAUGCGGCAACCAGAUCGGGGCCAAGUUCUGGGAAGUGAUCUGCGACGAGCACGGCAUCGAUCCCACUGGGCGAUUCAAAGGUGGGACGUCCGAUCUUCAGCUCGAGCGCAUCAACGUCUACUACAACGAAGCAUCCGGUGGUCGGUACGUUCCCCGGGCUGUCCUCAUGGAUCUCGAGCCCGGGACCAUGGACAGCAUCCGAUCGGGGCCCUACGGCCAGAUCUUCCGUCCUGACAACUUCGUCUUUGGUCAGUCCGGUGCCGGGAAUAACUGGGCAAAAGGGCAUUAUACUGAGGGAGCGGAGCUGAUUGAUUCGGUCCUUGAUGUUGUCCGGAAGGAGGCUGAGAACUGUGAUUGUCUGCAAGGUUUCCAAGUCUGCCAUUCACUUGGAGGAGGGACAGGAUCUGGCAUGGGGACACUUCUGAUAUCAAAGAUGAGGGAAGAGUACCCAGACAGGAUGAUGCUUACCUUCUCAGUUUUCCCUUCUCCCAAGGUCUCUGACACGGUUGUGGAACCCUACAACGCCACCCUCUCAGUGCACCAGCUGGUGGAGAAUGCUGAUGAAUGCAUGGUCCUGGACAAUGAAGCACUCUAUGACAUCUGCUUCAGGACCCUGAAGCUCAGCACCCCAAGCUUUGGGGACCUGAACCAUCUGAUAUCCGCAACGAUGAGCGGAGUGACGUGCUGCCUGAGGUUCCCUGGCCAGCUGAACUCUGACCUCCGAAAGCUGGCUGUGAACCUCAUCCCUUUCCCCCGGCUCCACUUCUUCAUGGUUGGGUUUGCCCCCCUUACCUCCCGUGGCUCCCAGCAGUACAUAUCCCUCACCGUCCCGGAGCUCACCCAACAGAUGUGGGACGCCAAGAACAUGAUGUGCGCGGCUGACCCCCGCCAUGGCCGCUACCUCACUGCCUCUGCCAUGUUCCGUGGCAAGAUGAGCACCAAGGAGGUGGAUGAGCAGAUGAUCAACGUCCAGAACAAGAACUCAUCCUACUUCGUGGAGUGGAUCCCGAACAAUGUCAAGUCGAGCGUCUGCGACAUUCCCCCAACGGGCCUGAAGAUGGCGUCGACGUUCAUCGGCAACUCCACUUCGAUACAGGAGAUGUUCCGAAGGGUGAGUGAGCAGUUCACGGCCAUGUUCCGGCGCAAGGCGUUUUUGCACUGGUACACUGGUGAAGGGAUGGAUGAGAUGGAGUUCACAGAGGCGGAGAGCAACAUGAACGACCUGGUGUCAGAGUACCAGCAGUACCAGGAUGCAACCGUGGAGGAGGACGAGGGAGAGUACGAGGAAGGAGUCGAAGACAACUAUGAAAAUUGAGGGGGAGUGGGCACGGCGAACAGUAUCAACUUGGUCAAGAUUUCUGUAUCCUUUUCUCUUCAUUUCAGUCCUAUAAUUUUGGUGUUUGUGUUCUUCCUGCAGACCUUUUGCUUCCUGCUGUUUUGCUUUUGCUCUCAUAGCUUCCAUGUUUAAUCUACUGUUAUUGUUGUUGUUGAUUCCCCUGCGUUCCGUAUCAAGUACUGAAUAAAAUUGCUGCUUCUACUUC